AUGGAGCAAAAGAAUGAACCAAUCCAUAAAAUCAAAUAUUUUACGGUCAUAUGCGCUAAAAACGAUGGUGGUCUGGAAAAUAUUGAUAAUGAUUUAAUCAGUGCCAUCGAGGAAAUUCGUAAGACGCACUCAAAUGUAACUGAUUAUUUAUGCAGCUUGAUCAUUCUUAACAAAUUUUCACAGCAUAAUCCCGUAAAUGGCUCACGCCAGUUAAUGAUUGAUGAUGAUUUUCUCUCUCGAGAAAAAUUUAUCAGUUCUAUAACUGAAUCUGAUGCUAUUUUGUUAGUGCAGUUAUGUGAAAUGCUUCUUCGUGAUUUUUCGAUUAAUGAUAAGCGAGAAAUUUUACUGAAAUCACUUCUUUUUACUCUAUUUUGGCCCACUUUUCACGUGCGAAAGAUUGCAAAUCUUACAUUGGGAAAAGUAAUCUCCUGGUAUGGUAUAGAAUUCUGCAAAAUAUUUCUUGGCACAAUGUACGAUUAUUUAAGCUCUGGGAUUGCUGAUCAAGUAUUAUUACUAAUGCAUGAAAAAUUUCUUCAGUGUCUUUGUAAUAUUAUCUUAGCCUAUCUUACGAUGUUUUUAGUUGAAGAAAAUGGUUCAUUGUGGUCAAAUUGGCUUUCAAUUAUAAAGAAUUUAUCUGAGAUUCUAAAUGAGGACUUGGUUUCUUCUAUGGUUGAAAGUGUUUUCAUUUGUGCGGAUGCACGCGUACGUGAAUAUGCUAUAAAGACGAUGAUUUCCGUCGGUAGUACAAUCUCAUUUCAAAAUGCUGUUUGGAAUCAGUGUGAAAAUAUUUUCUCAAAAUUGGACAUUGAUCGAUUGACAUCUAUCACUGAAAAAGAUAUCGGUAUAUUCAAAACGAAAGAUGGAGUUCUGUAUAACACGGAAGUAAUCGAACAAAAUAGCGAUGAAACUAAUGAUACAAAAAAUGUUAAACGUGAAAAUAAGGCGUAUAAAUUUAAAGAACAAAUUCUGGAUGUGCAAAUUAGAAAGGAACUGGCUGAAAAACGACGAAAAGAAGGAAAAUUAACAGAACGACAGAAAAAAGCAGUGGAAGCUGAACUUCAACUUGAACAUAAUAUCCGUAACGAAUUAAAGUCCUUGUAUACGCUUUGUGAAGAACAUUUUCUCAUUCUUAAUGCUGCUAUUCGAGGUAAUCCGUCCAUCUCAGUGAUGCAUACUUCUUUGCUAUAUUCAGUAAUCAUACCAUUGCUAAAAUCUCAUCUUGUUGCGCAGUUAGCAUUUGAGGCUUUCCGUGCCUUUCGUGAUGCAACAUUUGAACCUUCAGAGGAUCUGCUUCAUGAACUUGUAUUAUAUGGAUCAGUGCGAAUUUUUGAUUCGCUAUAUUGUGAUAAGGCAUGGAGUCAAGAGCCUCUUGUUAAACAAUUAGAAAGAACCAUCGGUCUACUCUCGGCUCGUUGUAUGGUUAACCCAGUUGUAUUGUUGAGAGAUGAAGAAUCUGCUGUUGCAAAUGAACAGUUAGAAGGACAAUUAGAACUUGAAGAAGAAACCAUCACUAUUGCUAAAUUAUGCUAUGUAUUUCCUCUAAUAGAUGCUAUAAUAAGGCAUGAGGGAAUGCCAUAUGUAUUACGUUCAAAUUGUAUCCAAUUUUUGACCACAGCACUCAAUAGCAGAUUUAUAAAGGAUUACGAAAUAAGUUUAUUGCCUUUGAGUAAUUUAUGCGAUCUCUUGCUUUUCGUCUUGCAUGCAGCACCUUCUGAAUUAAGUCAAUUUGCACUGUCAACUUUGAUCACUUUCUUUGAACUUCUGGAUGGGUGUACUUCAAAAGAUGCGAAAAUUUUAGCUGUUGUCCAAGAAAUGUUGCAGAGGCUCAUUGUUGAUGAUGAAAAUUUCAGAGAAAAUGUUCUUCGUGCACUUAGUGUAUGUCUUCGAAUUUAUCGCUUUUCGUUAACCUCUGAUAUUUAUCAUGAAUUUGUGAAACUUUUCAAUCGUCGAAUUUUUGUUGCACAAUACGAUGAAAAUGAAUUUUGCUCAAAAUUAGCAAAGAGAAUAUGGAAUGAUGCAAAAAUAGUUAUUAACAGUCCUUAUAGCUUAGAUAUGUGCGGUGAAGUAUUAGAAGAAAUUGUAUCUGAUGAACAAUUUAUGAGGAUAUCAACCUCACGUGCCCUGCAAAUGUUAAUUAUCAAGUUUCCUGAACAACUUGAGACUUCUAUCAGAAAGCUGGAUGAGCUUUAUAUGAAAUGGAAGGAGCCAUGUGGAGCAGUAAUAGAUGAAGUUGGUCGUAUGAUCAAAGAAGCAAUUGAUCCAUGGAAGAAACGGUUGGGUGUCGCUGAAUCUUUGUUGGCUCUUUCUGGUCAUCUAGCUGAGUCUUGUGUUAUGCUUUUUAUUAAAGUUAUUGUGCCAAAAGGUCUCGAUGAUCGAAACGAGCAGUGCCGUGAAAUUAUGCGUAAUGCUGCAGUUGAAACUGUAAAAAAUCAUGGCCGAUCAAAAAUGAGCGAACUUUUGCCCUUUUUCGAAAAGAUGUUGGAUUCACUUUCGAAGGAGAAAACGCAUGAUAAUUUGAGGCAAGGCCUGGUCAUUUUAUUAGGCACAUUAGCGCAAUAUAUCGAUCAAAACGAUGGCAAAGUUCGUAUGAUUACUGGUCGUCUAAUAGAAACAUUGUCAACACCAUCCCAGCAAGUUCAAGAAUCCGUUUCAAAAUGUCUUCCACCUUUGGUUCCAGCAAUAAAGGAAGACGCAAAACAAUUGGCAUUAACAUUACUUUCUUUGCUAGUCGAUGCAGAUACGUAUGGCGAAAGACGUGGGGCAGCUUAUGGAGUUGCUGGUUUAAUUAAAGGUUUGGGAAUGUCUUCACUUCGUGAACUUGAUUUAAUGAAAAAAUUGCAAGCCUAUUUGGACUAUAAAAAAUGUGCGAAACAUCGAGAGGGUGCAUUAUUAGCUUUAGAGAUAUUAUGCGGAACUCUUGGAAAAUUAUUUGAACCUUACAUUGUUCACAUUGUUCCUGCGUUGCUUAUUUGCUUCGGUGAUAAUGAAGAGAAUGUGCGUCAUGCAGCGCACGAUGCAGCACGCGAAAUGAUGGCUAUGCUUUCUGCACACGGAGUGAAAUUGAUAUUACCAUCUCUUUUGAUUGCUCUGGAUACGGAUUCAUGGCGAACAAAAUGUGCUUCUGUCGAAUUGUUAGGUGCAAUGUCAUUCUGUGCUCCGAAACAGCUAUCUGCCUGUCUUCCGAGUAUUGUACCCAAACUUCUUGAAGUCCUUACCGAUUCUCAUUCGAGAGUUCAAAAAUCAGGCGAGAAAGCCUUGAAACAAAUUGCAAAUGUAAUUCGGAAUCCCGAAAUUCUUAGUAUAAGUGGGCAUUUAUUAUCGGGAUUGAUCGAUCCUGCAAGUAAAACAACGUCUUGCCUGCAAACAAUAAUUAACACGAAAUUCAUCCAUUAUAUGGAUGCUGCCUCAUUAGCUUUAAUAAUGCCUAUUGUACGAAGAGCGUUUUCUGAUAGAAAUGCCGAGACGCGACGUAUGGCUGCACAAAUUAUUGCUAAUAUUUAUUCGCUUACUGACAGCAAGGAUAUUGAACCCUAUUUGUGCGAUCUUGUCCCUGGACUCCAGGAAUCGUUGCUUGAUCCAGUACCGGAAAUUCGUACAGUAGCGGCCAAGGCGUUUGGAGCAAUCGUUGCUUGUUCAAGUGGUAGUAUAGCCGAACGCCUGAAUGAUGAAAUUUUACCUUGGCUUAAAGAAAAGCUUACUUCUCGAACGAGUUCUGUAGAUCGUUCUGGAGCUGCACAAGGCUUCGCAGAGGUGAUGAAAGCACGCGGCGAUGGUCAGCUUAGAUUAAUUAUGCCAGAAAUAAUUGAUAUAACAGAAUCUACGUCUACAACUCCAGAAGUUCGUGAUGGAUAUAUACUUUUGUAUAUCUAUCUGCCGAUGGUUUUCGAAAAAGAAUUCGUUGAUUAUCUUCCUAAGGUGAUACCGAGUGUCUUGAAAGCUUUAGCUGACGAAAAUGAAUAUGUUCGUGAAAGUGCCCUCAAAGCAGGUCAACGACUUAUAACAAUGUACUGUUCAUAUGCCCGCCGUUUGUUUUUGCCCGAACUUCAAUCUGCUUUAUUCGAUGAUAAUUGGCGAAUUCGAUUUGCGUCCGUUUCAUUGAUUGGCGAUUUUCUUUUCAAUAUUUCUGGUAUUAGUGGAAAAAUGACAUCGGCGACAUCAAGCGAGGAUGAUACGAUGGGAAUAGAGAAUGUCGGAAGGAUUAUAAUCCGCCAAUUGGAUCAAAUACUGGCAGGUAUUUAUCUCUCUCGUUCCGAUGUUGCACUACAGGUUAGGCAAGCGGCUAGCCAUGUAUGGAAAGUCGUAGUUGCCAAUACGCCUCGCACUCUAAAGGAAAUACUAAAAACUUUAUUUGAAAUGUUACUUGCAUGCUUAGCAAGCAAUUCCGAGGAUCAACAGCAAAUGGGCGCUAGAUGUCUUGGUGAGCUCGUUAAAAAAAUGGGUGAACGGAUCAUCAUCGAUGUAUUGCCAGUUCUAGAAUUAGGUCUUGAAUUGCCAUCAGUUGAACAACGACAAGGAGUUGCGAUUGCUCUUCGUGAAAUUAUUGAGAAUACUACGAAAGAUAUUAUGGCUGUGUAUUCAGUACAAUUGCUUGGACCUAUCAGGAAAGCACUUUGUGAUCGUGAAAUAGCUGUCCGCAAAGCUGCUGCGGCUACUUUCAGUGCAUUUUACCAAAAUAUCGGACAUUCAGUUUUUGACGAUGUAGUAGGACCUCUUUUGAUCGCCUUAGCUUCUGGUACUGCUGAUGAUGGUUAUAUGUUAGAUGGCCUCGUACAGAUUAUGCGUCUUAAUAGCAGACAAAUGUUGCCUUAUGUUUUGCCAAAACUUACUCGUCCCCCGAUUAAUGCUAAAGCACUAUGUGCAUUAGCUUCAGUUGCUGGUGACUCGUUGAAUCGUAAUAUUGGUCGUAUUCUAGAUUCACUUCUUGCAACUUGUGAUGAAAAUAUUGAUCGUUGCCUAGAAGUUCUCUUGUCAGUGUCUGAUCAAGAAUCCGUAUCAUUAAUUCUCUCGACGUUAAUGCAGAAUGCUUUCUCUAAAAAUCAUGUUCCGUCGUCACUUUUGCUAUAUUUAUAUGUUAAAGAGACAAAAAUUGAUUUGAAUAACUUCGUUGACGACAUCUUGCCUGGCGCUCUUCUUUUGUACAAUUCUCCAAAGAAUGAGAUUAUCGAAAAUGCGGUUCAAACAUUGAUUUGCCUUUCUCAAAAUCUUGAUCAAAAGCAACAAGUUCAUUCAUUGAAUACAUUGAGAACUGCAUUAUCGUCUCUUGAGGUUCAGGCUGAUACAAAUCUAAUUCCAGGGAUGUCGCACCCAAAGGCUUUGGUACCUUUAUUGCCUAUUGUGCGUGAGGUUCUUUUAUCUGGAGCUUCUGAAAUGAAAGAGAUCGCCGGUGAUGUUCUGAGAAAUAUUGUUAAAAUGAGCUCAUCAGAUACCUUGAAGCCUCAUGUCGUCAAUAUUACUGGUCCAUUAAUACGAGUUUUAGGCGAUCGCUAUCCACCUGCCAUAAAAUUAAAUAUUUUAUCCACUCUUAUCGAACUUUUCGAAAAGGUUGAUGUUCUUCUUCGCCCUUUUCUUCCACAGCUGCAGAGUACUUUUUUGAAAGCGCUACAAGAACCGGCAUCACGGAAUGUGAGAUUAUCUUCAGGUGGAGCUCUGUCUAGACUAAUCAAAAUACAUCCAAAGCCGGAACCAAUUGUCUUAGAACUUAUUAAAUUGUUAACUGUAACUGAAGAUAUUUCAAUCGCGGAGUCGACGUUAAUCAGCUUGCGUUCACUCAUUAAUCAGGUGCAUCAAAAGUUAACAGUAGAAAUUUUAAAAUCAGCAUAUAACGUCGCUGAAAAACAUAUGAAAGAUAGUAUGGAUGAUGGAACAAUUAUAGCAGCUGCUGCGUUAUAUGGCGAAGCAGUGCUGAAAAUAGUGCAUUCGCGGUUAGUUGCCUUGCAUUAUAUAUGUUCACAAGAUGCGAAGAAAGUUGUUGAAAUAUAUGGCUUAGAAAGAUUGCGUACAGUCCUGGUGUCUGCAAUGCAAUUUGAGAAAGCAUUUAUAGCUUCAGCUGCAGUUCGUGCAGCUUUUGAAAUUUUGCAGAACAUAAAACCCAUCGAUGCAGUCUUAUUAACUUCGUUGGUUCGUACUAUUAAUCAUCCAUCUAACGAUGUGAAAAGAUUGGUUGCUGUGACUAUAAAUCAUAUUGGUUUAAAAGAUCUUACACAUGCUGAAAUGAAGGCAAUUGUUCCAAUGAUGAUAAAUGGUACAAAGGAGAAAAAUACAGCUGUGAGAGCAGCAUGUGAAUUGGCUCUUAUAGCAGUUUUCAAAAUGCGUUCAAAGCAAAGUGUUUUUGAUGAUUAUUUAUUAACUCUCGAGGGUGCAGCAAAAGAUGUUUUAUUGGAUGUACAUAAAGGGCUUGUUCGACUUGCAAAAAAUGCUGAUGGUAACCUUGAUACAGUCUCGGAUAUUAUCAAUGUUCCAUGA